AUGGGCACCACCUUGUUGUCCCUGCUGGAUCCCAAAGAACCGCGCAGGACGAAAAUUGAGUCUGUGGACGCCGUCGUCGACUUCACGCCAGGCAACUUGUACGACAUCGCAUGCGUGCCAGGCACCAUCGCGCAGUGGGAUAUACUAUUCGGUCUUCUAGAUCAUGGCACACGAUCCGCCAUCGUCAGCGCCCAUUCCCAUAUUCCUUGGCAUAACUUCAAGGGAGACAAGACCAACAUCGAUCUGUUCCGCGUUGACAGUCUCACCAAUCUGAUUUUCCUCGUGCAAAACCUGGAUUUUUCCCCGUAUAAACUGGUGAUUCUCGAUGAUUUCCAUUCGCUAUACCAGUUUGCACUGACAAACCUCCGAGACAGACGCAGGAGCGAAACCCAGCGCUACAAACGAGACGCCAAUGGACACAGAAAAGACCAGCAGAGCCCCUCGCGCAAGCUCCAGCUGGUGAUCCAGAGUUUGCUGCUUCUACUCAGCAACGAGUGCCAAAAACAUGACCUGAUCGUCAUAACCACGGGCAAAAUGGUCAACAUGAGCCAGAGAUUUUUCUCAAAGUCGCGGCCGGCAUCCACACAGGAGGAAGAGGAGGACACUUCCGUCUUGCAGCAGAUAAUGGUGCCCAUACUGCCUCUGAACGGCCCCUGGUCGGGCCAGUACGCUAAACGUUUGGUGCUCUAUAAAGACUGGGUCAAAGACGGGAACCAGGCCGGUCUGGACAAAUCUCUGACCAUUGUGGACUACAUACAGCUGAUGGAGAAAAACCAGAUGCGUGUGUGCCCGCAAUUUCUAUGUAUAGCUUCCAACAAUGGCGAGCGGACGCUUCAGUCCGGCUGGUGGUGA